AUGGGAGAAACCAUAAGUAAAUCCAUACGAAUAGACAUGCGAACUGAUCCGUCAGUGUAUCCAUGUCUGGACACGUUUGACAUACUGGUCACUACUAAUAUCUCCGAUGAGAGGUAUGUGCGACUAAUGAGAGUCUAUACGUCCAAUCAUUAUCAACGUUAUUAUACUAAUACAUUGAAACUGGAUUACGUGCGCGAAUACAAACUACCGCUCAAUAACUAUCUCAAACUGGACUGUCAUUUCUUUGACGCCAAUUUCCGGUACUAUUGUUUUGUGUUUGUGGCCCUAUCCAGGGCUACCGGUGCUGUGCUCAUCACUGGGAGACCCCACUGUCGACCCACUACUAUGCAGAUGAUUGUCACGUCCACCGACAGUGUCAGCGAAGACAAUACCAUCAAUCCAUUGACUAAUGAUGUAUCCAUUGGACAGUUACGUCCGGCCGGCCCCUCAUAUAACUAUAACUAUGAAACAGAAUACGAGGCCAAUAAUGUGCACAGGAAUAGUAGACGUGUCAGCACUGGUAGCACCGAUGAUCUCAAUCAUAAGUUUUAUGCCAAUUAUUUCGACGACUAUUUAAAUGAAGAAAUCGCACAUUACAUGAGUUUUAGCUGUAAAUGCAGUGAUACUUAUACUAUUGAAUCCAAUGUAUCGACUGUUGUCAUCAGUUUAGGCAUAAUUACGUGCAAUCAUAACAACAAUAAUAAUAAUAGGAAUAUCGUUGACAAUCAUAUUGAGGAGUCUAUGGAUAACUCAUUGCCAUCAGCGGCUUAUCGUAGAUCUGAUUUGAAUGAUAAGACUGUGAGAAAUAAACGCAAGAAUUUCAUCGACCCGUCAGAUACUAGUGACAGCUCUGAUGGCAACUCCCACACCACUGAUGGCAGCAAUUAUGGAGGAAUAGUGUCAACAAUUUGUAUCCUAAACGUGAAAGAAGGCAACUAUAAGAUGAAAGUGCAAUACGAGAACUGGCGCACCGUUCCUGUGAUUUAUAGUCAGUCCACACAACAAACACCACGACUGGUGGUCAGAGAGGGUCGCCUCUCCAUCGACCCCCAGCUGGACAUCAAUAAUAGGUCUCAAAUCCAUGCAUUGAAGUCACAAUAUUUGCGAAUCGAGAGCUUUUAUGCACAGAAUUUGUCGCUAAAACUCAUUUUAUUGAAAAGCGAUCGCUUUAUGCCUCAAAAAACUGCUUUCAAUGCAUUUCUAUCGACUCUAACGCCUAUUCAUUACACAUCGAUGGCACUCAUUGUGCUGAUAGUCAUGUGUCUGAUGGCACUCAUCGUAAUCACGAUAACGAGUCCGCAGCGAAAAAUCACUGUUAAGAUCGUAACUCCCAGUGAAGAGGGAGACCAGACCCGCACCUCCAUCGUAGAGCCAACCGAUGUUAUGUCUCAGUUCUCGUUGGCCGAUGACAAUCAAUCACUGGAAAUGGAUUAUUAUGACUAUCUCUUGCCAUUUGUUCCCAGACCUCACUCCAAGACUACAGACCCUAUUGAGCACAAUAAGACUGUUGAACCAUAA